CCCCCCCCUCUCUCUCUGUGAACGCAGGAAGAGAGAAGGGGGAGUUGGGUCAGGGGGCAAAAGUAGAAGAUUGAAGGAUUAUUUCUAUGGUUGUGAGUGAGUUUGUGCAUAGAGGAAUUGUGAGUGUGUGUGUCUGUUGAAGGAACUGAGGAAGAGGGUUCAAGUUCUUCGGACCCUGAUGAGAUCUCUAUCAUACUGUGGAAACCAGGAGAAGUUCUAAAAUUGGAAGAUUUCUUCCUUUUUAUUUUGCUCGGAACUCUCUGCAGAUCGCUUAGCUUUGUCUCUUGUCUCCUUUACCUGAGAGAUCUGAAACAAGUUUCCACUUGGAUUUGAUUCUGGAGGUUCUCUGCGAUUUAGCUGUUCUCGAUGAAUCUUAUGGCAGACAAUCAUGGAAGUUUUGUGCAUGAACCAGCAGAUAAUAAUAAGAACAAAUGGAAGAUUCCUCUCCUUGUUUUCUUCAACGAUGCAAGAAAAGUGUUCAAGAUGGAUUCAAUUGGUCGGGAGUUACUGGGAAUUGCAUUUCCAGCUGCUUUGGCCGUGGCUGCCGACCCCAUUGCUUCUCUUAUCGACACUGCUUUCAUAGGUCACUUAGGACCUGUGGAACUUGCCGCUGCUGGAGUGUCCAUAACACUGUUCAACCAAGCUUCAAGGAUCACCAUCUUCCCCCUGGUCAGUAUCACUACUUCGUUUGUAGCAGAGGAAGAUACUCUCAAGAAAAUCAGUGGAACUAAAAUAGCACAAGACCAAUCCAACGACAGUCGUUUUAAGAAGCCAACAAAAGAAAGUGUCGUAGAUGAUGAGGCCAACAACAUUAUGCUUCCCGACAUUGAAAAUGUUGAAGCCAGAGAUUCUUCGACCAAACCCUCUGAUGUGUGUGACCAUGCUGAUACACAUGAUACCAAGACAAACGCAACCAAGAAUAUCAGUAUGAGGAAGAGUCUAUUUAGUGGUUGUAAGAAUGAGAGCAAGAAGAGGAAACAGAUAGCUUCAGCAUCAACAGCAUUAAUAUUUGGGACAAUUCUAGGCCUCAUCCAAGCAUCACUCCUUAUAUUUGCUGCAAAACCUCUUUUACGUCUUAUGGGUGCCAAACCAGGUUCUCCUAUGUUGAUUCUUGCGCAAAAGUAUUUGAAACUGAGAGCACUGGGUUCUCCUGCUGUCCUUUUAGCUUUGUCCAUGCAAGGGAUCUUCCGAGGCUUCAAGGACACCACAACUCCCUUAUAUGUUAUUGUGUCCGGGUAUGCCGUAAAUGUGGCAUUGGAUCCACUCCUCAUAUUUUACUGCAAGUUAGGCCUCAAAGGAGCAGCCAUUGCACAUGUCAUCUCACAGUACUUGAUGGCACUGGCUCUGUUGUUGAUAUUACUGAGAAGAGUAGAGCUCUUGCCUCCAAGUAUUAAGGAUUUGCAGAUUUUCCGCUUUCUUAAAAAUGGAGGGUUGUUGAUGUUAAAAGUAAUAGCAGUAACAUUCUGUGUGACGUUUGCGGCAUCACUAGCAACAAGGUUGGGUACAAUUCCCAUGGCUGCUUUCCAAACAUGCCAACAAGUUUGGAUCACCACUUCCCUUCUUGCUGAUGGCUUGGCCGUUGCUAUUCAGGCAGUUCUAGCAUGUUCGUUUGCUGAGAAAGACUAUGUGAAGACCAAAGCAGCAGCCACAAGAGUACUUCAAAUGACUUUUGUAAUGGGAGUAGGGCUGUCUCUCGUAGUAGGCAUUGGUUUGUACUUUGGAGCUGUCGUCUUCUCCAAAACCCCUUCGGUUCUCCAACUCAUCAGAUUAGGCCUCCCUUUUGUGGCAGCAACACAACCUAUCAAUGCAUUGGCGUUUGUGUUUGAUGGAGUCAACUAUGGAGCAUCGGAUUUUACAUAUGCAGCGACUUCUUUGGUGUUGGUUUCAAUUGUGAGCGUGGGAAUAGAAUACGCGAUGUAUAAGAUGAAAGGGUUCGUUGGGAUAUGGAUUGCUUUGAGCAUAUAUAUGGCUCUUCGCAUGCUGGCUGGUGUUUGGAGGAUGGGAACGGGAACAGGACCUUGGCGUUUCCUUAAACAAUGAUGAUUGUCUAGAUUAAUAAUGUAGGCCGUAUCAUGGAUACAAAAACUGUGACGCAAGUUGAUUACAUGCCAUGCACCACACACAUAAUAUCUUGCCCUCUUCCCCGGUUUAACAAGAUGAUGAUGAUGAAAACCGGUAAUUAAAUUGGUCGAGACUCGGGAUAGUAGUUUUCAAAAUUAUUGAUCUUAUCGUGAUCAAAUAGAUUAUGUGUUUCUUUUCAGAUAAAACACUUGGCAAAUCUCUUAAUUAACUUGAAUGUUGUAUAAAUAUCACUGAC